UAGGUUUUUAUGAAGACUUUCUUAUUAAAUUCUUUUCUUUUUAUUAUGAAAACAUAUUGAAUCAUUUUAAUACAAAAUCUGCCCAAUAAUAGAAAACAAAAUUCAUUAUGCGCGACCAAAAGAGAAAAAAAAAUACUUUCCCAUAAAUAAAAAAAAAGAAAGAGAAGAAAAGACUAUUUCGACACCGUACACACUACCACACUGGAAAAUUUCCAUCAGCAUCUCCAAUCUUCAUACGGCGCACGCGUCAGACAGCAGCCAUCUUCAAGCUUUUUGAAUUUCUUGAUUAAUUAAUAAAACCCUUAAAACCCUUUUUUUUUUUAAUUUUAAUUUUUAUUUUUUUAGUUAUUAGUUAUACUUAUUUCCAUUGCAUAAAAAGUUCCCGAGAAAAUGAAUAAGAAAACUCUACGAUAGCUAUUUACUUGCCGGGUACAAGUUAAUUCAUCCAGUUGCUUUUCUAUGGUAACAAUAUACUGCAAUGCGCAAGAAAUUGGUUGAAUGAUAAUAAAUAUAAGAAAAUGUGUGGAAGCAAGAAGCCUCCUCCAAUCGAUAGACCUUCAAUUACAUAUAAGUGGAACAAAGUUGAGAAGGGUUCUUCUGGAGUUGCUGAUUUUAAUAUUGAAGAACAUGCCUCCAAACAUUCUCAGAAGAAAAACCAAAGUGCUGAACCCAAGAACCCUGAAUUAUUGAGCACAACAGAGCUCAUCUCAGCAGUGGAGCAUAUAUGGGAUCGUGUAAAGGAAAAACCAGAUCAUAAUACUAGUGGCUCUCAGAAAAAUGUAAUCUUGGGUGAUCUAAUCGCUGUGGACGUUGACUUAGGAGCGUUCAAAGAUGAUGAUGGUGGUAGUUGCUUCAGUGUUGAUGUCUGGAAUGAUAGUAAUAUCACAACUUCAGUGCAGACAAAGUUGGAGUUUCUUAGUGUAACCCAGAAGAUGUCAACAUUUGAACCUUGCAGUAAAAGAUGUACUCGUCCAUUAUUCUCACUGUUUUUUAAUGGAAGGACAAAGUACUUGAAUAAAUCUUGGAAUGGAAAGGGGCUUCCAAGUUUAGCAAUCACAUGUGGCAUGGAAAGGAUAUAUGGUUGGAUGAUGGAUAUAAUUCCUGCUGAAUCUUGGUAUCCUGUCAGCACCACUAAAAUCAUUGAGGACAAGAAAAUCGAUAGAAUCUGCAUUUUAACAAGUACAAUCAGCCAUGCAGAAGGCUGCAUUCCUACGGAUGCAACUCAUGCUGGAAAUAACUUUGCUUCAAAAAGUGCUGACUUCUAUUGUGAUUUGUUCAAAUUAAAAGAUGCAUCAUUGGAUGAUAAUAUGAAAGUGGCAAUGAAAACAGGAACAUUCAAUUCCCUCUGCUCCAAUUGUAUCCUUGGGGCGCUCCAUGAUAGUAACACAAUUGGUAGUGUUUCAAGGGGACCGAGUUCUAGUCUUUAUGUUGAUUAUCAUAUCAACGUGUUAGUUCCACACAGAAGUGCAUAUGGAACAUUCCAACAUAUCGCUGGUGAUAAUACAAUGGAUGAAAACACAAGAAAGAAGCCUCCCAAGUUUGUUGCUGAGGUCAAAGAUUCAAUGGAUAUUCGAGCGUUACCAUGUGAAAGACCUCAUUAUGGCCUAGCUAAGCAAGAGCAUGCUUAUGCAGGCGCCUUUGCUGGGGUCUUUGUUAGCCUUUGUCUACAUCCUGUUGAUACAAUAAAGACAGUUACCCAAUCUUAUCGCACGGAGCAGAAAUCUAUCUGUGAUAUUGGAAGGUCAAUUGUUUCUGAAAGAGGGGUAACUGGACUUUAUCGUGGAAUUGCAAGCAAUAUUGCAUCUUCAGCUCCAAUUUCUGCCAUUUACACUUUCACAUAUGAAUCAGUUAAAGGAUCUUUGCUUCCUCUUUUUUCUAAGGAAUAUCACUCUCUAGCCCAUUGCAUUGCAGGCGGAUCUGCAAGCGUUGCCACUUCCUUUGUUUUUACUCCUAGUGAGCGUAUAAAGCAGCAGAUGCAAAUCGGUUCACACUAUCAUAACUGCUGGAAAGCACUGGUUGGAAUAAUUCGCAAUGGCGGUCUACCUUCGUUAUAUACUGGUUGGGGAGCUGUACUCUGUCGGAAUGUUCCUCACUCAAUUAUAAAGUUCUACACAUAUGAAAGCUUGAAGCAGUUUAUGUGGCCAUCACACAAUUCCACUGCCCAACCCAUCACAUUACAAACACUAGUUUGUGGAGGACUAGCUGGAUCCACUGCAGCUUUGUUCACAACUCCUUUUGAUGUGGUGAAGACAAGACUCCAGAUACAGAUUCCUGGUUCCAUGAGCAAAUAUGACAGCGUGUUUCAUGCCCUAAAAGAAAUAGGCAAGAAUGAAGGUCUGAAGGGCCUCUACAGGGGAUUAAUUCCAAGACUGGUUAUGUAUGUGUCUCAAGGAGCACUCUUCUUUGCAUCAUAUGAAUCCUUCAAAGGAUUUUUUUCUUUGGAAGUUCCACAAUUUGGCGCUCAAAGAAAUCUGAACAAAGAAUGUGCGGGAGGUGAUUCAAAUCAAUAAUUGCAAUUGCCAUCAUUGUCAGCAUCACAGAGAUCCUGUUCCUCAUUACUGUCCUAGCAUCCACCAUUAUAUGAGAAUGGUGUUCAGAGAUCCUCUUUCAGAUAUUAAAGAUAAAGAAACAAGAUACCCUUCAGCAAUCAGCUCAUAUGGGUCUGCACUCCAUGCGUAUAGAGAAAACUUUAAUGGGUGCCUUACCUAACAGGGAAUUCCCUAAUUUUUAGGGUUUGCCAUUUUCUUUUGGCGCUGAAACGAGAUUGGCGAAGUUAGCAAGCAUUGGAAAAGGAUUCUAUUAGUAGCGAAUAGCGAUGAUGACGGGAGUACCGAAUCUGUUGUAUAAUUGAUUGAUACGUUGUUGUCUAAAACUGAUACACAGAUGAAUUCCCAAAAUGUGGGAUUGAAGCUAAUUCUUUUUGUCAUUCAUUGUAAAUCUGUUACUUAUAAUCUCAGGCCUCCUUUGAAAUGAGGUUUUAAAGUCCUUAGAUUUUAUCCAAUUCAAUAGAUUACAAAAGCUUUAACUUUUUAUGUAAUUUUGAUUUUAUAGAUUUCUAAUAAAGAAAUAGUGGAAACAAUCUCCAAUA